AUGUUGGUCAGUUCCUCCGCUCCCCUUUCCUCUUCAAAUUUCUCAAAUUUCCAGAGUGCUAGUCGAGGCAAACGUCUUCGGGACCGUUCGGAAGUGGAGACGACCACUCGGGGCCCGGAUCUUUUGCUCAAAGUCACCGAUGAAGUAUUAUAAUUUUAUGUUCUCAAUUUGGAAAAAUAAUGUUCAGACAUCCAGUGAGCCGUCGAUUUCGCUCUCCAAAUCUGUCGACGAAAAGGAGAAGAGCAAUCAAUCGCUGGUGCGGAGCCAUCACGUUCUCAAGAUUCGGCUCAAGAAAGUUGGAUCCUUUCGCUGUUCUCUAUAGAUCAGACAGUGUUCAGAUCACGAACUGGAGUGGGUGUAGCGGUGCUCUUCUGGACGACGAGCCCUUCUACCACGGCUACAUGUCUCGCGAGGAAUCCGAGCGGUUGGUCCGUUCACAGGGCGAGUUCCUCCUCCGCAAAACCGAAUUGACAAAGCGCGGCGAAGUGGUCGUUCUGUCCGUUUUCUGGGACGAGGCCGCCCAUCAUUUGGUCGUCGAGAAGGCCAACAACGGGCUGUUCUACCUGAAAGAGUUCUGUUUCGAAGUGAGACGGAAGUGCGCUCCAUUGACAAUUUCUUUUUUUUUGCUGUUCAGAACAUCAGCGAUCUGGUCCGUUAUCAUCAUCAAACACGUGCGGAGGUGUACAAAUCGGGCAUAAAACUGUUCAAUUGGGUCGUGCGCGAGGAGUGGCAACUCUACCACGAACAGAUAGUUCUCGGAAAGAAAUUGGGGAACGGGGAGUUCGGAGAGGUCUUCCAGGGCAUGCUCUCCGUCGGAAUCUUCACGAACGACGUCGAGGUGGCCGUUAAAACGAUGAAAGGGAGCAAAGUGACGGCCGAUGAGAAGUAGCCAGAAGAACCAGUUCUCACGGCGACCAAAAACGUAGAAAGGGGCGGGGCCUAGCGUGCACGUUUAUCACCAUUUUGGCGCGAAUUUCAAAAUUUAACCCCAUUUUUCAUGUUUUUCGUGAAAAAUUACCCAAAUUUUGUACCAUUUCGACGAUGUAAUUGCAUAACUUUGUUAAACUAAUCAUCACGCACUUUUUGAGCUUAAAACGAGCAGGUUUCAUUCAGAAAUGAAUCAAUUGAAUCGAUUUUAAAGUUUUGUGCUGAAAAUGCGCGAAUUUCAGUCAUUCGCCGAUACAUUUUGCCGUUUGAACUCUUAAAAAACUUGUAUUAACGUGCUUAAUCACUUCCGACACUCACACACUCAAAUAUGCCAAAAACGUCUCAAACGCGGCGUUUCCACGAAAAUUUCGAUGUUUUCUCUCUUUAAUGUCUCUUCUUUCGUCGAUAUCAAACACAAAAAUAUCGGAAAAGUGCUGGAAUUGCGGCAAUUUUCAGAAAACGCGUCUCAGAUUAGGCCACGCCCCUUCCUACACUUUUGGUCGCCGUGCGCGCGUUCUAUUACUCAUUUUAAAGUUCAGGAUCACAUUUCUGCGAGAGGCGAAUCUGAUGCUAAAGUUGAAUCACAAGUACGUGGUGCGUUUGUACGGGGUGGCCACCCAACAAGAACCGAUUAUGAUUGUGAUGGAGUUGUGCACGGGUGGAAGUCUGAAAGGCCGAAUCGAGAAGAAGGAGGAGCCGAUGAGCGCGGCGACGAUGAGAAAAUACUGCAAGCAGAUCGCGAAGGGAAUGCGCUAUCUGGAGAAGAAACAGGUGGCUCAUUGAUCUUCGUACUCCCGUGGAUCCCAAUAGUUCAGGUGAUCCAUCGAGAUUUGGCCGCCCGCAACUGCCUGCUCGACAAGAACGACAAUUGCAAAAUCAGCGAUUUCGGGCUUUCGCUGUUCGGCAAAUCGCACAAAGAGCAAAAGUUGAUGAAGGUGCCCGUGAGAUGGUUGGCUCCGGAGACCCUCCUCAAAGGCAUCUACUCAUCCAAAUCGGACGUCUGGAGCUUCGGUGUCGUCAUGUUCGAGGUGUUCAGCGGAGAAUAUCCGUACGGCGAGAUCAAGGUUCUGAAGGAAGUGCGGCGCAAAGUGGCCCUGGAGCAUCUCCGUCUGCAGCCGCCCGGCGACAUGCCCGAGGAGGACGUGAAGGUGAUGCGGAUGUGCUUCGAGACGGUCGACAAACGAGCGAGUUUUGUGCAAAUCUGUCAGAAAUACAAAGAAUUGACAAGCGCGCUGCCGACGUGGAAUGGCAUUGCGAACAAGCUGAUUGGAAUUGGAGCGGCCGUCUGA